AUGUGUUCCAAACUCACCCUGCUUCUGGGCCUGGUGGCUCUCAUUGCGACUGCCUGCGCUGUGGAUGAUCCAACUACUCCAGCCGAUCCUACUACUCCAGCCGAUCCUACUACUCCAACAGAUCCAACUUCACCCACUGAUUCGACUUCGCCCACUGAUCCUACCUCUCCUACCACACCCACCAAUCCUACUUCUCCAACUGAUCCGUCUUCUCCUACCGAUCCCGCUUCACCCACUGAUACCACCACCACAACAACAACCGUUGCCCCCACCUCAGCCUCAACCACUAAGCGCGGCAGGCGUCGCAGGGUGCGCAUUCGUGUGAUUCGUAGGCGUAGAAACAGGAAUGGAAACAAUGGCAAUGUGGUCCGCAGGGUGCGUAUCUGUCGCACCGCUGCAGGAGUGCGUCAGUGCACCAUCGAGCGUAUCCUCUGA